AUGUGUGCGUGUGCCCGUGUGUGCGCGCGCCCGUGCGUGUACCGGAUGCGCAACAUCCGCUGUAACAACAAGCGCUGUACACGGGUCCAGGGCGCAGACACGGGUCCAGGGCGCGUGCGUAAAGAGCCAGAUCUGUGUGUCGCUUUUCUCACGCUAAGGAUUACUCUCUUUUGUGGGAGAAACACUUUGGGGCCACUCUGGGACCGCACGAACUGGACUGGAUCGUUUGGGCACGUACCGAGUAGCGUGGAUCACAGUGGAUUACUUUCACGCCACACGGAGCACAACGCGUCGAAAAGCAACAGCACGGACUUCAGAUGUGUCCCAUGCCAGCCACAGACGCCCUUCACUCCCAACAUGGAUCCCAGAGAGAGCCACAGCGAUGGGGGAGACGGGGGAGGAGGUCCCUCUCCCGGGGAGUCCUCUGUGAGCCAGCAGCAUGACCCUGAGGACCAAGAUGUCCCAGACCUGGCCUCCAUCAGCGUCAUCAGGCAACAGCAGCAGACGCAGCAGCAACAGACGCUGCCGCAGCAGCCGCAACAGCCACCGCCACCACCGCCACGGCCGCAGCAGCAGCAGGUCUUGUCUCUGGAGCAGAUCCAAGUGACCAACAGCAGUAAUGAGUACACUGAGGGCCCCUCUGGGCCCGCAGGGCGCUCUGAGAGCCCGCAGCUGCAGAACCUACUGUUGUCUCAGUCUGAGGACGCUCCGAGCCCCUCUCCCACACAGAGGUCAGAGGUCGUACGAGCGCAGCCUAAAGGUGUAGAGGAGCUGAAGCCUCUGAGCACAGAGCACAGACACUGGGAUCGGUACGAGCGCUGCCCCGACUGCUGCCCCGACUGCUGCCCCGACUGCUGCCCCGACUGCUGCCCCGACUGCUGCCCCGACGGCUGCCCCGACUGCUGCCCCGACUGCUGCCCCGACGGCUGCCCCGACUGCUGCCCCGAUCAGAAAACGGUGGAGUACGUGACGUGCGUUUGCUGCGUCAAAGCUUUGUUCUAUCACUGCUCCAGCGACGAUGAGGAAACGUGUUCCGACAAACCCUUCUCCUGCGCGCCGCCGCACCGCUGCGUGCGCUGGAGCGUCGUGUCCCUGCUGACGCUGCUGUUCCCCUGCAUGCUCUGCUACCUGCCCCUGCGGAUCGCUGUCAACAUAUGUAAGGGCGACUACGGCGGAGCUGCAUGGCCGCGCUGCUGUCGGACACGUCGAGCGGGACAUGUCAAGCGGGACACGUAG